AUUGGAGACAAUCUAAAGCUGGCUAUUUUAUUUCAAACUAUUUACUCAAAACAAACUUUUAUGGGAUAGUUUUCACUUCACCGAUUAGUAACCAUCUCUCUCUCUCUCUCUCUCUCAAAUGUUAGGAAAGACAUGUUAUAGUAAAUUGUCACAAUUCUUACUUAAGCUCUGGAGUUGUUAGUUGCUGACUACAGUGUGGAAAAAGAACUCAGAUUGCAGUUGAAGACUAAUAACAAAAAAAAAUCCCAGAAUUUAUUUUUAUAGCCAGGUGGGAACAGAAGGUACCCUUACAUGGAGACGAUAAGCUCUUCAUCUUCGGUUGCUGCACCACAGGCUUCACACCAUGAUGAACUCUUCAUGCAGCAGAGGAUGAUCUUUUCAGAUAGUUUGGAUGAAUUGAAGAAUAUGAGAAAACAAUUGUACUCAGCAGCAGAGUAUUUUGAAGUAUCUUACAGAAAAGGUGAUCAGAAACAAAUAGUGGUGGAGACCUUGAAAGAUUAUACCAUUAAAGCAUUUAUCAACACUGUAGACCACUUGGGUUCUAUGGGAGAUAAGAUCAAUAACUUCAUGGAUGAAAAGAAUAUUGAUGUUUCAGGAGUAGAUCUCAAACUAUGUUCCAUUGAACAGAAAGUAAGAACAUGCCAAGAUUUCACCGAUCGCAGUGGUAUUUUCCAACAAUCAUUGGCCUUAGGUUGUUCAAAGCACCACAAGCGAUACAUCAUUCCAGUUGAAGAAACCACCAAUGCAGUUGGCCAGUCUAAUAUGAUUUGUCUCAGUGCUGAAGAUGACUCUGUUAAGUUUUAUAAUGUAAAACAUAGGGAGACCUCUGCAAAAAUAAACAGGGAACAAAGAUCUAUAUCAGCACAGACCCCACGUACUGUACUUAAGACCACUCAAUUGAAGAGAACUGCAUCCAUACCAGAUAUGAAAGAGCUAUCAUCAUACCAUUUUCCAGUCAAGCGAUCUGGAUCUGUUGUGAAGAGAUCGAUGACCAUAAAUUCCUCUGCCUCUAAACAGCGUUAUCCCAAAGAGCCAUGGAGAUCGAGUUCAAUGUCUACUCGUCCAGAAAGAGACAGGGCAAAGAGUCCUGAACAGCAUUCUGGCUUAAACAAACGCCUUUUGAAGGCGUUGGUCAGCAUACGCAAAUAUAGAAAGGAUGCCACUUUACACAAACACUCCAAUGAAAACUAACAUCCAUAAAAAAAACAGAAAACAUUUUGUUACAGGCAAAGUUUUGAAGCAUACUGUUUCUUCCAAGUGUUUUGGUCUAUUUUUAUUGGUUCACAAAUGCAAAGUUAUCGAAAUGACACGUACCUGUUUCAUCACCAGCACAUGUUCCCUCCAAAGAUGUUUUACCAUGUACUCGAAACGAUUUUAUGGCUGUCUUCUCAUACAAGUUCUUAAUGUAUCAAUUACUUUAUAAUAA